GGGCCCCGAAGUUCCAGGGCCGGGGAGGGAGCGGGGGUCUCCGAAGUUCCGGACACGGAGGCUAGGAGGAGCCCCGAAAUUCCAAGUCUUUAAGGGGCGCAGCGGCCCUGAAGUUCCGGAGCUCGGGUCGGGUCGGGGACAGUGCUAGGCGUUCCCAAAGUUCCUUCCCCGAAGGAGGCUGCGAAGGUGUCUCCGAAGUUCCAGACCUUAGGUGGGGACCGGUAAGAGGAGACCCCGAAAUUCCCAACCUGGGGAUGGAAGAGUGGCAGGGGGUCCCUAAAGUUCAGCAAUCGGGGCGAUGCGGAGGAUCCCCGAAGUUCUGGACCUGGGGUUGGAGGAGGCAGAUAAUGUAUCUCCGAAGUUCUUGACCUGGAGUCGGGGCGUCGCGGGGAUCUCGGGAAUUCCAAGGUGGGGGACCCGAAGUUGAGGCGCUUACUAGGCUCCCUGCUCCUGAUACGGAGGCUGAACCAGCAGCUCCUGCCAUCCUUCUGGUUGCCCCUUGGAGCCCAUCCAGUCCAGCCUGACCAAUGUCCACAGCCAGGGAGCAGCCCAUCUUCAGCACACGUGCACACGUGUUCCAGAUUGACCCAGCCACCAAACGAAACUGGAUCCCCGCGGGCAAGCACGCGCUCACCGUCUCCUACUUCUAUGAUGCCACCCGCAAUGUCUAUCGAAUCAUCAGCAUCGGGGGUGCCAAGGCCAUUAUCAACAGCACUGUCACCCCCAACAUGACCUUUACCAAAACCUCCCAAAAGUUCGGGCAGUGGGCAGACAGUCGUGCCAACACUGUCUAUGGCCUUGGCUUUGCCUCUGAGCAGCAUCUGACCCAGUUUGCUGAGAAGUUCCAAGAAGUGAAGGAAGCAGCAAGACUGGCGAGGGAGAAAUCUCAGGAUGGUGGGGAGCUGACCAAUCCAGCCCUGGGACUCACUGCCCACCAGGUGCCUCCGAGCCCCCUCGUUAGCGCCAACGGCCCUGGCGAUGAGAAAUUGUUCCGCAGUCAGAGCGCAGAUGCCCCUGGCCCAGCAGAGCGCGAGCGGCUCAAGAAGAUGCUGUCAGAGGGCUCCGUGGGCGAGGUGCAAUGGGAGGCCGAGUUCUUCGCGCUGCAGGACAGCAACAACAAGUUGGCGGGCGCCCUGCGAGAGGCCAACGCCGCUGCCACCCAGUGGAGGCAGCAGCUGGAAGCCCAGCGCGCAGAGGCCGAGCGGCUGCGGCAGCGGGUGGCUGAGCUGGAGGCCCAGGCAGCCACAGAGCCACCCCCAGUCAGCGAGAAGGAGGGACCUGGCCAGGCUGUGGAGCAACUGGAAGCUCUAGUGCAAACCAAGGAUCAGGAGAUCCAGACACUGAAGAGCCAGGCUGGUGGGCCCCGCGAGGCCCUUGACGCAGUGGAACGGGAAGAGACACAGCAGAAGGUGCAGGAUCUGGAGACCCGAAACACAGAGUUGGAGCACCAGCUACGGGCAAUGGAGCGCAGCCUCGAGGAGGCACGGGCUGAAAGGGAACGAGCAAGGGCCGAGGUGGGCCGGGCUGCACAGCUGCUGGACGUCAGGCUGUUCGAGCUGAGCGAGCUUCGGGAGGGCCUGGCCCGCCUGGCUGAGGGCACCCCCUGAGCUUUGAGCCUGGCCACUGGUCCAUGUGGAAGCUGGGGCCUGUGGGAGGGGGUUUUACACAAAUGCUUCCCACCUGGGGCACAGGCCAGCCGCAGGCGGCACAACAGGCCAUUCACCCUGGCAGGGACCAGGGCCAACUCAGCCCAGGGAGGGCCUGGCCACUCACAGCUCAGGGGCUGUUUUGGGCUUUUCAUUAUGUAGGAUUUCUAGACUCCCUAGGGCAUGUGCUGGUGCCCUGAUUACAUUUCUAAGCGUG